ACAAGUACAAGAGGCUGAGUGGAUUGUCUUCCCUCAAUGAGAAGGAACUGGGCAUUUUGAGACCUGACUUGUGGAGAUAAACCUGUGGAAUAACACACACACACUGGAAUAUAGCUCAGUAUUGGUUGGGACAUCCACUUGUGAAGAGGCAGGUGCCAGAGCCAAGCUGGGGGCCAUAGAGAGCCAGACAGACAGUCCUGAUGGCAGAAACCUGGAAGGCAGUCUGCUCUGAACACGUGCUCUAGGAGCCCGCCCCGCCAGGGGCCACACUUCACGCGGAAACACUGCACAGGUGUGUGUGUCCAUGAGGUCGUCCAUGCUGGUCCUGCUCCUCAUGGUCAGUGCCCAGGCAGUGGCCACCAUGGGAGGGGACUCCUGCCCCCCGGUCUCCGCUCAGCAGCAAGGCCCUGCCCCCAAAAGGACCCCUAACUCUGCCCCCACCGUGGAUCCCAAACUGUUCACUAAGCGACGCUACCGCUCGCCCCGCGUUCUCUUCAGUGCCCAGCCGCCCGACACUGAGCCCACGGGACGCCAGGGGUCCGGGACCAGUAGGGCAAGGCGCAGGGUUGGUCAGCCGAAGCACCGGGGGGUGUACUCUGUGUGUGAGAGCAUCAGCGUCUGGGUAGGCAACAAGACCAAGGCCACGGAUAUAUCUGGCAACGAGGUGGAGGUGCUCCCGGACGUGAACAUUAACAACGUGAAGAAGAAGCAGUACUUUUUUGAGACCACGUGCCGUGGCGCGCGGGGCGGCAGCACUGGCUGCCUGGGCAUCGAUGGGCGACACUGGAACUCCUACUGCACCAACUCGCACACUUUUGUGCGGGCGCUGACUACCUUCAAAAACCUGGUGGCCUGGAGACUGAUCCGCAUCAACGUGGCCUGUGUCUGUGUGCUCAGCCGAAAGUCCUGGCGACAGUGACCGUACUCUCACUGGUCAUGUGGUCACUUCAGUACUGACGACAGGACCACUUGGUACUAUCAUGUGGCCACUGCAGUACUGCAGUCCCAACCCCCCACCACCUACCCGCUGGAGUGCUCUGAGACUCUGCCCCACUACAGCCCUCCCCUAGCCGUCUGCACAAAGUAAAUUAUUGAUUAUGAGGACUGCAAGUAUAUAAACCAACCAUUUCUUUAUCACUUGUUGUUGUUGUUUUGUUGUUGAUAUUGUUAUUUAUUAAACACCUCAGUACAUGCA